AUGGCAAAACAAGAAGAGGUGAUUCUACUGGAUUUCUGGGCUGGCAUGUAUGGAAUGAAGGUCAGGAUCGCCCUUGCUGAAAAGGGUGUUUCAUACGAACACAGAGAAGAGGAUUUGAGGAACAAAAGCCAGCUUCUCUUGGAGAUGAACCCGGUUCACAAGAAGAUUCCGGUUCUCAUCCACAACGGCAAACCGAUCUGCGAGUCAAGCAUCAUUGUUGAAUAUAUCGAUGAAGUCUGGAAAGACAAAUCUCCAUUGUUUCCUUCUGAUACUUAUGGCAAAGCUCGUGCAAGGUUUUGGUCUGACUUUAUUGAUAAGAAGAUAUUCCUGAUUGGGAGGAACAUGUGCAUGACAACAGGGGAAGAACAAGAUGCAGCAAGGAAAGAGUUCAUAUAUUGCCUGAAACUGAUUGAAGGAGAGCUUGGAGACCAGCCUUACUUUGGAGGUGACAGUUUCGGAUGA